CUCGCGGCUCGCAGCCGGGUGCCUCCCGCGGGUGCGGCGGGCCGCCGGACGGGCUGGCGGGCGUGCUGGCUGGCUACCCAGAGUGCAGCAGGCAGGAGGCAGCACACGGCGGCCAGCACCGAGCUGCCGGCGCUCUCCCGGCCCGCCGGCGCAGCGGGAUCCGGGCCCAGGCUGCGGCGCGGCCCAGAAUGCGAGUGUGAGAUGCUUCCCCCGGCAGCGGCGACCCGGGCCCAGGCGGCGGUGGCCCCCGCGUGGAUGCGGCUCUGUAGCCGGCGCUUCGCCCUCCACAAACAUUUCUAUAGGACUCAUUCGCCCUGCUGAGGAGAUUGGCCCGGCCCGGCCGCCUGCUGCCUCUAGCCUUCUCCUCCGCGCUGCGAAGCGGCUCCCUCAGAGACUGCGGGCCCGGCCCGGCUUGUGGGGUAUGGAAGCCCCCGGCGGCGCGUCGCCGCUUAGCCCCGCGCUGGUGGGCCGCCUCCGCCAGAAGCAUGACCAGGUGGUCACUAGCUGCCAAGAAAAAAUCCAGCACUGGAAGAAGGUAGAGAGUGAUUAUGAGGCUCUUCAGGAACGACUCCGUACGCUGCCUGAUAAACUAUCAUAUGAUGUCAUGGUACCUUUUGGACCUCUUGCCUUCAUGCCAGGAAAACUUGUCCAUACCAAUGAGGUUACUGUUCUGCUUGGGGACAACUGGUUUUCCAAAUGCUCAGCAAAGCAGGCUGUUGAGCUGGUUGAGCACAGAAAAAAACAUGUAAGGAAAGCGCUGGAUGAUUUGCAAAAAGUUGUGAAGAAUUUUGCAUCACGAGCUGAAUUCACAGAAGAACUGGAGAAGAUGAGUGAUGCUGCAGGUGAUUUUGUUGACAUAAGAGAAAAAAUUGAAGAUGAUAGCAUUGGAACAAAAGGAAGAUACCGAACUGCUCACAAACCUCACUCAAAGCCAAAAGUAUCAGAUGUUUUUGAGGUGGAUUUUCCAGUGAAUGGAAAUGAUACAAAAUCCAUGGGCCGUUUUCAGUCAGAAGAGGAACUGUGGGCUCGCUUGGAAGAGCUGGAGAGACAAGAAAUGCUACUUGGUGAACUCGAUAGGAUGCCUGAUACAGUUGAGACAAAUGGAGGAGAUGAAGGCUUAUCUGAAGAGGAGAAAGAAGAUAAGAGGACAGAUCUGAACGGGACUUAUAGAGCAGAAGACUGUGUUACUCAGGGCAAUUUCCACAAAGAAGUAACAAAUUCAGACUUGUUUGGUGGUCACCUUAAUGGCUCUACUUAUUAUUGUAGUGAUGAUGAAGAUGAUACAGAUGUUGGAGAUAACUCUGUUCCAACUAUUUUUUUCUCUCACACUGUUGAACCUAAAAGGGUAAGAAUAAACACAGGAAAAAAUACUACUUUGAAAUUCAGUGAAAAAAAAGAAGAGGCCAGGCGUAAACGGAAGAAUGGCAGUGGCAAUAGCCAUGCAACUCCAGAGCUGCCUAACAUCAAAACCCCAGCAGACAUUUACAGAGUCUUUGUUGAUGUUGUGAAUGGAGAAUAUGUCCCUCGUAAAUCAAUUUUGAAGUCUCGAAGCAGAGAGAACAGUGUUUGUAGCGAUACCAGUAAGAAGAGUGCUGCUGAGUUUGAUGACAGACAAGGAGUUCAGAGGAGUAUUAGCUAUGAUGAAGCCACUCAGAGUGACAACAGCGAAGGCAUACUUGAGGAGGAGGAGGGGCAGCAGCAGCAACCGGAAAAGCUUCCUCUCUCUUCAGGGACAACCAAGGCAUUUUCUGGAACUGUUGUAGAAAAGGAGCCUUUGUCUCCCUCUUUAAUACCACACCCAGUCGUUGCUCUGCGUGUUCUGCCUACCAUUCUGGAGUGGAAAUCAGAGGAAGUCUUGUCUGAAGCAUCGGAAGAACCUCCAAAGAGGAUUUCAAAGUUCAAAGCUGCCAGGAUGCAGCAGCCCAGCUAGUUUCUGCCCAGCCAACGAGAUAUAUCUGGGCAUAUUUGUUGAGACUAUGUACAACUGUAUGUGUGACACCUUGCUCGUUAAAAGGGUGUCCUCUUGUUAGUUUGGCAUUGGUUAUCCUUGAAAUGUUUAUUGGCAAGUUUAAAGAAACAAAGGUUCAGCAUUUGAACAUGAGUUUUCAUCUCAAUUUGUGGGUUUCCCUGUGUGCUGUCAGCACUUUUGUGUAUGUUUGCCUUAUGAGAGCAGCACUUGAGUUCUUUUUCAGAAAACUGUUCCUUACAUACAUUGUUUUUGUGUUUAAGCCUAAAUACAGGCAGUUUAGUGCCAGCUGUGAUGUUCUACAUACCAUAUGGACCAUUUUAAGGAAACUUUUCACAUUUCAAAUAGAUUCACCAGUUAUAUUGCAUUACUUUCUUUAGCGUUUUAAGACACACUUGUAUUCACAUUGUUGUAGGUUUUGCAACUAGGUGUCUGCUGAAAGUUUUUUUCCUUCUUUCAAACCUCUGAUAUUUCACUGUAGAGAUCUAUAAAACACUGGGUUCAUGUACAUUGCAGGGAAGUUUCUUUGAUGGAAAAGGGUAUUUUGUAAAAUUAAAUUUUCAGUAAAAAAAAGCUGUGAAAGUUGUGUGU